AUAUCAAUAUGGCUGGAAAAAAACCCCACCGAACUGGUGUAACUUCUGGUCAAGAGUUGUGUACUUGUAAUUUACAGCUUAACAUUUGUGACAUAAACUGUUGCUGCGACGAGGACUGCUCUCCUGAAGACAAAUCAAUCUUUCGCUACUGCGAGUCGGAAAAUUUUUACUACGACACGAGAUACUGCGACUACAUGAAGUACAUUUACAUAAAUAAUACACCGUUUCAAUGGCACGUCAAUCAGAACGGACUGUUCUGCGUCUUGAAAAGCAAUUUGCCGCCUUCUUACACUGUGCAAAGGAAACAACCUUUGACAUCCUUCAAGGUGGCGGAACAGGAAAAAAUUAGUAGGUUUUCGUGGCCGCAUACUUCGGAAAAGAAGGAAGUAAAAUUCAACAUGUCGGAAGAUUUCGUAUACGGAAAUAAUAUAUGGAUGGUCUACAGGGAUGAAAUUAAAAAAUUUAGAGUGCCAAAUAAAUAUUUUUCAAAUACAUGUAUAAUAAAGGAAGACGUUUUAAAUUUUAAGAACGUAAAAUGUGGUUGUGCUCAAAUCGACAUCAGCGAAGAGAAUCGUUCUCUUCAUUUCAAGAACUUUUUUCAGAACAUAACCGUGGUUGCCAAUCCCAAUUUUUUGAAUAUUUCAAAGUACAAGAACAUCCAUUGUAUAAUAAAGGAAGACGUUUUAAAUUUUAAGAACGUAAAAUGUGGUUGUGCUCAAAUCGACAUCAGCGAAGAGAAUAGGUCUCUUCAUUUCAAGAACUUUUUUCAGAACAUAACCGUGGUUGCCAAUCCCAAUUUUUUGAAUAUUUCAAAGUACAAGAACAUCCAUGAAUGUCCCAAAAAUAUCUGCCUGGUCAUUUUCCCGAAACUAUGCGAAAGUGAUAGUUUCGAUAAAUGCCACAACGUUUCAAGGAACGAUUCACGCCUAGAUUUUAAAUGCAGCUUUGAUAUAAGGAACAAUAGAAAUGACUGCAAAAAUGCAAUAAAGGCACUUCGGUACAAUUUUUAUCACAAUGGCACUCAAGGCUACACCAGGAUUGAAAUAUUGGGGGUGGUGGAGGAUAUCUCAUACGAAUUCGGGGAGGGAGACGUUGAAUUUUACCAAGAGUUCGAGGUUAACUUCUGGUGGGUUAAUCAGACCAGAAACUAUUCAGCGAUGUUAAGUGGAAACCCUGGAUAUAUUACUGGAAGACCAAUACUAAGUGGGAAUUUGGUCCGCAUAGGGAAUUCUACCAAUACUACUGUAAAGAUUGGAAGAAUUUUUGACGAUUAUCUGGAACAUUUUCUGGUAUUGCCAGAGAACGUUGAAGGGAAAUGUAUUUUGAACAAAACUAAGUACUUAGCGAUAGAGUUUGGCUACAAUUUGCUGACUAAAUGUAAGCUCAGUAUGGCUCUGUUCAAUAAAAAGCAGUAUCCCAAUGGUACCGAAAUAUGCAAAGAAUUACAGAAGACAGUUUUGAAGAUGUGGAGAAUAACCGGUAAAAAUAAAACUGUAGGUAUGUUUGGAAACGCCAACGCUAAUAUACCUGAAGACUGGAUCAAGAUAAUGUACAAUGUAGAUAUCGAGGAAUUGCUCAAUAAAACGACUGGUUUGUUUAGUUCAAAGAAUACAUCUUUAACUUGUUUCGGGCUAGUGAAGGAGGUACUGGUGGAUAUAUACCAUUCCAGAAUCGAUUUCAAGGAGUUGCUGAAUCAGGAAAAAAUUCUAGGAGUCACUUAUUCUUUUGGGGGAUUUGUGAAUAAGACCUUGUCGUACGACAAGCAGAGGAAUAGGACGUAUCUGGAAUUGGAGUUGAAAAGUCGAGUUGUGUUUUAUGAUAUCUCGGUGCAGAAGCAGAAGAAAUUCGUUGACCGUCCCAGUUUGGAGAUAAGGUUGCCCUACGAUUUUUUCUACCCGUUUGUUAAAAUUGACAGCGGAGUGGAGGCGUGGUCCGCAAGCGUUCUAUUUCACUUUGUUUUGUGCGUAAUUGUAUUGUUCCUCAAAUAA